AUGGUGACUGGUUCUAAUCUGGUGGAGUCCCAGCGUGCCAUUGAUCUGGCCAAGCAGUAUCCCGAGAUCUGUUAUGCUACCGUUGGCGUGCAUCCGUGCUCGACGCAAGACUUCGAUCGCUACACGGGUGGCCCCGGCAAGCUGAUUGCCGACCUUCAGGCUCUUGUUCAAGGAGCCAAGAGUGAGGGACAAGUGGUUGCUUUUGGGGAGAUCGGACUGGACUACGAUCGGUUGUUCCUGUCUCCCAAAGAGACUCAAUUGAAAUAUUUUGAAAUGCAGAUGGAUUUGGCGGUGGAGCUGCAACUGCCGCUGUUCUUACAUUCCCGAGCAUGCAGCCCCGACUUCGAGAACAUCAUCAGGGCUCGAUUGGAUAGAUUACCGAAGCGUGGUCUCGUGCAUAGCUUUACCGGCACUGUCCCCGAACUAGAAGCGCUGAUCGAAUUGGGAUUUGACGUUGGAAUCAAUGGAUGCAGCAUGAAGACAGAGGAGAAUCUACUGGCGGUCAAAGCGGUGCCACUGGACAGGCUGCAACUCGAAACCGAUGGGCCAUGGUGCGAAAUCAGACCAUCACACGCAUCCUCACAAUAUCUCAAAGACGGCCCAGCGGUGCCUAAGGCGGUCAAGAAGGAGAAAUGGCAGAAAGGGCUGAUGGUCAAAGGCAGGAACGAGCCAGCGACCAUAGUGCAGGUGGCUCACGUGAUCGCCCGCGUCAAAGGGAUUUCUGUGGAAGAGGUCUGUGAAGCUGCCUGGAGAAAUUCCACCCGGAUGUUUGGACUAGGCGAGGGAGGGGGAGGCGGAGAGCGACUAAGCAGUCGGUAA